AUGGUUGAUAUUAUAUUUGAUUGUUUUUUCUAUAUCAAUCCAUUUAUAAUUAGUAAUUAGGAUUAUUGUAACUUUCUAAGUUUUUCUAUUAAUUUUCAAUAGAUAAAAUAAUUGACUUAUAUUGAUANACUUGAUUUCCUUAGAAAAAUAUAUAAUAUUCCAGAAGUAAGAAAAAAGUGUUGGGAUUAAAAAGUUGUAUUAAUGGAUUAAAGUAAACGAACACCUAGUUAUAUUCUCUAAGAAUACAAUUUGCAUUUACAUCAAUUACAUAAAAAUCUAUUUUAUGAUAAAUUGUAUUUGGAUAAUAUGCAAGAUUAUGUUUUAGAAUCAUAAUUAAGAAUGUUAGUUUAAAGAUUUUAAUAAUAGAAAUAUCAAAUUUUUGAAGCAUAUUAAGAUUUAAGAUGUUAAAUCAAUAUGAUACCAAUUAAUAUAUUAUAUAAGGAUUAUUUGGAAUGGUAUAAAUAUGAUAUUGAAUAAUUAUCAAGAUUAGAUUAUAUAAAACAUGCUAAAGAUGUGAUUGUUGUUUGUCUAAUUAAACAUUUAGGUAUGCUUUUAAGAAAGGAGAAUAUAUUUAAAUCUGAAUCAGAAAUAAUCAGAUUCCAUUUUGAUAAUAGAUUCUCUUAUUCAAUAUAUUAUAAAGAGAAAGACAAAGGAGAUAUGUAUUAAUGUAACAAAUAUUUCUAUAUUAAAAUAUUGUUAUGUGAUUUUAUAGCAAUGGAUUAACCAUUUCCAUAUUUAUUUAAAUACUUAACUUUAAGACUUGAAAAGGUUGAAUCAAAUAAUUCAGAAGAGAUUUUGGCUUAAUUAAUAAGUGAGAAAAAUAUAAGGAAUUAUUUAAUGACUAAAUAUAAUUUAAAAAUUGGAUUAGAAUAAACAGGAAAUCGAAUAAUUAUUACAAGUAUUCCACUUUCAUUUGAUGAUAUCACAAGAGAAUUAUAUUAUAUACCAUGGGAAUAUGUUGUAACCUCUUCUUUAUCCAUUAUAUAUAGAUAUAGAAAUUAUUUAAAAAAUGAAAUCAUAUAAAUGAUUACAAGCAGAGAAUAUUAAGAUUAUAAAUCAAAUUUAAAAGUAGACACAAGACUAUAUAUAUAAUAAUCAGAAAUUAUAACAAAACUGGAAAAUAUAUAAAAAGAUUUGUAAAAAUGA